AUGAAUAGUAAUGAUGAUAUUGUUGAAUCUGAUGAGCAUGACGACGAAGAACAGAUUGACGAUAGAGAAGUCGAAUCGGAAGUAGAACAUAAUGAACAAGAAGAAGAAAAUGAUAUCAGUGAUCAAGAAGGAUCAAAUCAAAAUAAUAACGAAGGAGAUGAUGAUGAUGAUGAUGACAAUAAUAGUUCAACUCAUCAAGACCAAGAAGAAAAUGAAACAAGAGGUGCAGUUGAUCCAACAAAUCCAUUAGACGAAGAUUCGAUUGAAGCUGCUCAAAAUCUAACGCAAGAAGAUGUUUUUGGUGAAGAACUGAGUGAUCUAAGUGAAGAUGAAGAUGGUCUACGAAGAAAAAAACAAAAUAAUAAUAAUUUAAAUGGUAGUCAGGAUGGCCAUGAAGACGAUGAAGAUGAAUUAAUCGAAGAGCACGAAGAAGAAGAACAGAUUUUAGUUGAUACACCACAUGUAACAUGUGAUCUUGGUCGUGAUAUUCACCUUGUUAAGCUACCAAGUUUUAUGAAAGUUGAACCAAAACCGUUUGAUACUCAAUAUUUCAAUGAAGAUGUCCGCGACGAAGAUGAUGAAGAAAGCAAAGCAAGAAAGAAAUUACGACUUGAAAAUACGAUUCGUUGGCGUUAUAAUACAAAUGAUAGUGGUGAAACAAUACGUGAAAGUAAUACAAGAUUAGUACGUUGGUCAGAUGGAAGUUUAUCUUUACAUGUUGGCAAAGAAAUUUUUGACGUAUCAAAAGCAAAUAUUCAAAGCGAUCAUAAUCAUUUAUUUGUUCGUCAUCAAAAAAGUAUGCAAGCACAAGCUGUUUUUCGUACAAAACUAUCAUUUCGACAACAUUCAAAUGAUUCAUUAGCACAUUUAAAACUAAAAUUUGCAAGUAAAGCUAAUCCAGCACCUAAAGUUCGUGUACUUUCAAAUAUAAAAGAACACAUUAAGAUUAGUGAUGAAAUGAGAAAGAAAGAAGAACAACGAGUAAAAGCAGAAGAACGUCGACAGAAUCAACAAUUACGACAGCGUGAACGAGCCGCUUAUAGAGAUCGAAAAAUGUCAGCAAGCUAUCUGGAAGAUCGAGAUGAAGAUGAUGAAGAGAAUGAGCAAGAAUCCUUGAAUACGAUUAAAAAAAAUGUUAAGAAGAAAAAAUUACAAGGUGGAUAUCAAGCUGAAGAUACAAGUGAAGAUGAAAAUGACAAUGAUCAUGAUGAAAAAGUUAAUCAUCAACGAUCAUCAACGUCAUUGAAACAUCGAAAAAUAGAUUCGUCAGAUGAAGAAAAUUCAAAUAAUGAACAACAAACAAAACGAAAACGUAUUAAAUCUGUUGGCGAUGAUGAUGAAGAAGACGAACAUGAAUCAGAUUGA